CAGAUUUGAUUAUUCAUGGAUCGACGAUGCAGAUGGUGGAUGGGGCUAGGAUUGGCUCAAGAAAUACCGGUGGCCCGGGACCAGGUGCUCAAGUGGUACAUGUGGCCCAUGGCAGUCCUGCAGGGAUCUUCCUUCUCCAGAUACCGGAUUGAGAUCACAAAGAUAAUCUCCCUUGUCUAUGUUGUGGAUGACAUAUUUGAUCUUGUUGGCACACUAGAGGAGCUAUCCCUCCUCACCAAGGCAGUCAAAAUGUGGAAUACUGCAGCUCCUGAUUCACUCCCCAGUUGCAUGAGAUCUUGCUACAACGCUCUCUACACCAUUACAAAUGAGAUCGCAGACAUGGCCGAAAAGGAGCAUGGAUUCAACCCUGUCAAUCAUCUCAGGGAAGCAUGGGAAGUGCUGUUUGAUGGAUUCAUGGUCGAGUCAAAGUGGCUGGCAACCGGUCAGGCUCCUGCCGCAGAGGACUAUCUGAGAAAUGGUGUUGUCACUUCCGGAGUGCCGCUUAUAUUUGCGCACGUAUUCUACCUUCUAGGGCAACAUCAUGUAACAAGUACUAAUGAGGAUGCUGCAAAGCUCAGUGAUCACACCCCUCCGGCCAUCUUUUGCGUGGCCAAGAUCCUCAGACUUUGGGAUGACUUGGGUAGUGCCAAGGAUGAAGCACAGGAAGGAUUGGAUGGAUCCUACAGGGACUUGUACUUGAUGGAGAACCCUAGCUGCACCCCAGCCGACGCCGAAGAACACAUGCGGAGGCUGAUCAAGAGGGAGUGGGAGGAGCUCAACAGGGAGUGCUUCUCCAGGAGGACCUUCUCCACCAGCUUCGCACGAGCCUGCUUCAACGCCGCCAGGAUGGUCGGCGUCAUGUACUCGUACGACAAGGAGCAGAGGCUCCCAGUCCUGGAGGACUACAUGAGGAUGCUGCUGCUUUGAAACUUUUGUUUGCUCCAUCUCCAUGAGAACCCAUGCAUGUGACAUCAUGCAUGCGUGAUUUAUCUGCUCCUUAGUUUUCACCAGCAAUGUACUUACUGCUUAAUAGAAAUCACGUAAUUAUAUGGGUGAGGAAGUGAUGGUACGCUUAGGGUCAUUGUAUAUAUUUGCUUUCUUUUUUAUAGACUUUUUUGGGGCAUUUGUGUUUUUACCCCUACUUUGAA